UAUUCUGUCCUUGAGAAAUCUUUGGUCCAAGUUUUAAACUUUUACUUGAAUAAUUUUUUGGACUGAUACAUUUUUACUUUAACUUGAUUUAAAUUUACUGAAGUAAUGCUACACUUACUUGAAUACAACUUUAGGCUACUUUACCCACCUCUGCCCAUGCUCUCCUCUCAUUGAAACAUUUUGUAACUGAUGCAUUUUACAGCAAAAUAGGCUCAACAGCCAGAAGUUAACGGAACCUGCAGGGGUUCAGAAAUAAAUCUGGCAGUGCCCUGCAGAAAAACAGCACUUUGCCUGCAGCUCCACGCGUAUCUGCAUCAACAGCACCAGCCAGAGGUUGCGCAAUGGCACUGAUGCACCCCAACUGUACCAGCAUGGUUGGGCGAAUAAAGAGAAGUUGCGUGUUUCAAGGCGUCCUGCGGACACCGCAGACUGAGACGAACAGGGUCAGCCACAGGGUGAGCGCAACCGAGAGGAUUCAACUAUUUCAUUAUUUUGUUAUUGUGGACCGAAAAAGAACAUCCAAACCGCAUAUUUUAACAAAACCUUUUAUAUUCUCAUACUUGCUUUGUGUCUCUGUUGCGUUUUACUGUGUGAAUUUGGUUUUUCCGCAUGUCUAUAUAAAUAAAAAAAUGUAACUGUGUGUUACGGUCAGAAGGUUAACAAAAAUAAUAAAAAAAAAAAGAAUACAAAAUAAAAUAAUUGGAAUAAAUUUUAUUUUAUUUCAGGCGUUGUCUUAACUUGUCUGUUUUAUUUAAUCAACACUUUAAAUUAUUUAAUUGAAAGACAUUACGUUACAACAACAGAAAUUAUUGGACUUUUACUGGGGGCGGGAGGUCAUUUCUAUUGCUUUACCUUAAAGGAAGUCAAAUAAAAAAAAAUACUUAAAUUAUUAUAAACUUAUAAAAAACUAUUUGUUAAACCCAAAUCGUUCUGAAAUGGUGCAGUGAUAUAUUAUUAGUUGUAAAUAUUCGACAGGAGUAAGUUCACCGGAACCGUUGAUAUAUAAUCAGAAGAUGGUCAUUAAUAAAAUAAAUCAGAAUAAAAUUUUAAUUCGGUGCCAAAAUGGCUGAUAUUAGUUGUUGGACUAAAUUGUUUUGAGUUAUUUUAUGUCAGUCCAGUUUAAUCUGUAAAUCGUCUUGGUGUGACGCAUCAGCAGCGAGACUUUCAUAUUUUAUUAUCAUUGGUAAAAAUAUAGACAGUACUCUGACACCAUGAGAAUAGUCUUAAGUCAAAUCAGAAAUCUUAAGCUCUUACCACUUAUUUAGAUAUUUUUUAAACACAUAUAGCCUAUUUUAGUCUAUAUCUAUUGAAGGAAAACAUAAUUCAGCCAAUUCACAAACUCUUUGCUUCAGCUGAAACAUUAAACUCUUUAAGAAGAAUCUAAACAGAUAAAUGAAACACUUCCCCGUGAACUUCAUGUCUUGGAGUCAAUGCAUUCAUUUUUUAUCAAUCAGAGCCUCAUUUUUGAUUCAUCAGAUUCUGCCGCGUGAGUAAACGCUGGCUGACGGGCGCGCGGUUGUGCGCAUGUGCCAGCAGGCCUACUUAGCAGGCCUAUUGACAUUAAAGACAAGUGGGUUAUACAGAGCCUGGAAAUGGGGCCCGAUGAGGGGGGCAAGUCCGCUAGUGGUUCAUGGAGCCGAGAGCCAGCCCCACCACGUCUCUCCUCUCUCUGUCUCCCUCUCUCUGCCUUUCUCUCUCUCUUUCUCUCUCUCUCUCAUGUAGCCAGGCGGACUCUACGGUCAGUCAGUCUCAGAGGGGUGACCCAGGAUCUGCCCAACCUUCUCCCUCCUGCCUGACAGCUGACAGCUGACUGACGGAAAUGAGCCGUAGAGGAGAACAGGAGGAAGAGCCGAAGUGUGUUUUCCUGUGAAAAGGGGAGGAAAGGGUCUGUGGUAUUGCUUCGCGGAGAGGAGAAGACGAAGAAGAACGAUGUCCUAACUAGGGAAGCUGUUUCAGCAGCAGAGAGCGGCCUGCAGGCCCGGUGAGUGUUGCAGGAAUACCGAGAGUGUGAGCGGGGAGGUAUUCCCUGCUGGGAACAUUAUCCAGGAUGCAAACAUUUGCACGGAGGGGAUAUUAAACUUUACGUUCCCUCUGCAGCAUCUCUCGGGCCUCUUGGUGUGUGUGCGUGUGUGUGUGUGUGUGUGUGUGUGUUUGUUUUCGCGCCGGAGUGCGCGACAGUGAGCAGGACUAUGAGUCUGGUGUCAGGCUACCCUCACCACCCGAUCAUGCACCACCACGACAGCCACCACUAUUCGCUGCACGCUGCGGCCGGACGGUGCCACGAGGACACCGGGGCGCCACCGUACUUCACGAGCUGGCUGAUCAGCCACGCGGACAUGUCGCCCACAGAGUACAGCCUCGCGCCAGGCUACAGCCCGGAGUACCACACCAACAGCGGGGGCGACUCCUCCGGCGGCCUGGACGCGCGCCACCACCACCACUACGGACCCGGGAACCAUCUGAUCCCUGGACCCGGCAGCAUCUCUAUGAACGGAGCCACGGUCGGCAUGCACCACCACCACCACGCACACCCACGCACCAUAAAGCGGAGACCCACCGCAAAUCGCAAGGAGAGGCGGCGGACCCAAAGCAUCAAUUCGGCCUUCGCGGAGCUCAGGGAGUGCAUCCCCAACGUCCCGGCCGACACCAAGCUGUCCAAGAUCAAGACUCUGCGGCUGGCCACCAGCUACAUCUCCUACCUGAUGGACAUCCUGGACAAGGACGGCCAGCACGGAGACACGCAGGCGUUUAAAGCCGAGCUGAAAAAGACGGAGGCACGGGAGGAACGCAGGAAAAGAGAGGCGGUGGAGAUCCCUAAAGCAGCCUCCUCGUCUUCAUCUUCCUCAUCAGUAGGAGAUAAGAAGAGCAAAGGUCGGACAGGAUGGCCUCAGCAUGUCUGGGCUCUGGAACUCAAACAGUAGUGACCCCUCCACUCCCACUCCCACUCCUAAAUUUGACCCCCGGGUUUUUGAUGGACAGUGUGGCCGCCGUGCCUCUGCACACUCGGGCUCCCCACAGCAGAGGGGCUGGAUGGACGCUGCAGACGGUCGUCCUGCUGCUCGGCCACGGUCUCGGUUGGACCCCAGGAAGAAGAAGAAGAAGAAGUGACGUGUCCCCAGGAAGGAGCCUGGGUGCAUCUAUAUGGGCUGAAGUCCAUCUAGACAGGCACAGACGGAGAUAUGUCCCCUGGCACCCUUCUGAACAAACCGAACCAUUCCCACCCCAAACACACACACAUACACACACAUUUACAUGCAUUUGUUUACCAAUGUGUCUGCAUAGUUGACCACACAAAUGGGGAAUUGUGUGUGUUUUAUUUAAGGGAAUAUAUUUAUGUUUAAUGUGGCCAUUAAACGGGUUUCUGCAGGAACUCUCACUCGGAUGUAUGUGAACACAUCUCUCUCUCUCUCCUAUUGCAGUUUUAGGUUGUAAACGUAGUGCCGUCACGCCACUGACAAAGUGUCUGUGUUUUUAUGUGAAAACAUGCUGGGAGUCUAAAUAAUGCUUGUUGUAGGAUGUAAACAAUGUCGUGAAAAGAAUAAAAGCACCACUUGGUGAAAUGGUGGCUGA